AUGACAAAAAAUCGCUCAAAUAAAAAGUCCAACAAAAGGACAUCACAGCAAUCACAUCCUCCAAACGAGAUGACGAUUCCUCCGGAAGCUGAAACACACGACUCGGGGUCCCUGAAUAAUCGGAAAAUGUCGUUUUUAUCAACUGAUGAUUUUGUUAAAGCCUUAAAUGGCCAACGGUGCAUAAAAAGGAUCCUAGUGGCUAACAAUGGCAUUGCGGCAGUGAAAUGCAUGCGAUCAAUUCGUUCCUGGGCCUAUGUGACCUUCCGAAAUGCAGAGGCCUUUUUCUUCGUCUGUAUGGCCUCCCCGGAGGAUGUACAUGCCAGUGCCGAGUACAUUAAGAUGGCCAACAAGAUGGUCAUGGUGCCUGGUGGUUCAAACGUCAACAAUUACGCCAAUGUGGAACUCAUUCUUCAGACAGCUGUCUCAAACCAUGUCGAUGCCGUUUGGGCUGGUUGGGGACAUGCGUCUGAGAAUCCUCAAUUGCCGGAAGUUCUUGCCAAACACAACAUUGCCUUUUUAGGUCCUUCACACGAGGCAAUGUGGGCUUUAGGUGACAAAAUCGCCGCAACAAUUCUCGCGCAAAGUGCUGGUGUUCCUACUGUUCCAUGGAGUGGUUCUCAUAUCACAGUGGACGUAAAAAAGCUUGAAAAAUCGCCCCAACACUGCUCUUCAGUUCUCUCCGAGCUUAUAUCGCCAGAUGUUUUUGCAAAUGCCUGUGUAAAGACACCAGAAGAAUGUCUGGCUGUCUCUGAUCGCAUUGGCUAUCCUGUUAUGAUCAAAGCCUCUGAGGGCGGUGGUGGCAAGGGGAUUCGUCGUGUUGAAGGAUCUGAGGAUGUUGCUGCUUUAUUCAAUCAAGUGAGUGGGAUUGUUAUCUGCCUUUAA